AUGGCGGCCUCAGACAGUAUGGUUCCUCCGAUGCCGAAAUGGGUCGUUGACAUGAACAACGGUGUCCCUCCGAAACCAAAGAACGUAUCCAGCAUCCCAGAUCCUCCCGGCUUCUUGGGAUCCAGAGCCGUUGUUGGGAAACAGAAGUCGCAAGGUCCUGGACGAAAACCCCCGACCCCCGAAGAGACCGAAACGCUCAAACUCAAGAAAGCCUGGGAGGUUGCACUUGGACCCGCGAAGCAACUUCCCAUGCAAGCUAUCAUGGGCUACAUGUCUGGCAAUUCGCUCCAGAUAUUCUCCAUUAUGAUGGUCUUUAUGCUCUUUAAGAAUCCUAUUCAGGCCAUUUCGCAGACCAAUACACAAUUCGCCAGAUUCGAGAGCGCCGGCAAUCGUACCCAGAUGUUGGGCGUCAAAGCGGUGUAUAUUCUGAUGCAGUGUCUGCUGCUCGGCUUGGGCAUCUAUAAAGUCAACAGUAUGGGACUGUUACCUACAACCAGAAGCGAUUGGUUGGCAUGGGAAUAUCAGAGACAACCGCUUGAGAGAGCAUAUUUUGCAUUUGGUCCAUAA